UCGUGCCUCUGAGUUGUUCUGCCUCUUGCGAGUAAGCGGACACUUGUGGUGGUGUGUUACAAGUUGCCAUUUUUUAAGUCAUCGUUCCUGACAACCACUUGAUUUUGUGUUGGCUGUGCCUCAUACGGUAGUUCGUCGCAACGUUCAGAAACUUACGGCAAGGCGUUUAACCAAAGGAGGAUGUGGCUGCGGGUAGCUUGGGUGGCAGUACUGUGUCUGGCCAGUUCUGCAGAUGCAAGUGUACCGGCAGGAAAAUGUGUCCCCAAGAAUGUGGUCACAUGUAGUGAUUGUCUCGCCAGUGGUGGAUAUUGUGCCUGGUGCAAGACACUGAAUUUUACUCGUGAUGGCGAGCUGGAUUCUGUGCGCUGUGCAACAGUGGAAGCUCUGAAGGCCCGGGGCUGUGAGGCGAAUGAUAUCACGAACCCCAAGGGAUCGUUUUCUGUACUACAAAAUGAACCUCUCACAAGCACUGGUAUGGAAUCCAAGACGGUGGUGCAGCUGUCCCCACAGAAGGUGCACAUAAAUCUGAGACCAGGCAUUCCUACGAAGUUUGAUAUUAAGUUCAAACGUGCAGAAGGAUAUCCCAUUGAUCUGUACUACCUCAUGGACCUGUCGUACUCCAUGAAUGACGAUCUCGAGAACGUGAAGAAGCUGGGAAGUCAACUGCUGCAGUCUUUGGGGAAAAUUACGAAAGGCGUCAAAAUAGGAUUUGGAGCAUUUGUGGAUAAGACGGUGUUGCCAUAUGUCAGCACCAGCCCUGAGCAUUUGGAGCACCCGUGUACGGAGAAGAAUGUACGCUGCAGUCGGCCAUUUGCCUACAAGCAUGUGCUGACUCUCACUGACAAAUCUGACAUUUUUGAAAAAAAGGUCGGAGACCAGAUCAUCUCUGGUAAUCUGGACACGCCAGAGGGAGGAUUUGAUGCAAUGCUGCAGGCAGCUGUGUGUGGGGACAAAAUCGGAUGGAGAAACAACACAAGACUGCUGGUGUUCACGUCGGAUGCUGGAUUCCACUUUGCUGGAGAUGGCAAACUGGCUGGGAUUGUCACUCCCAAUGAUGGCAAUUGCCAUCUGGAUCCCGAUGGAGAAUAUAAAGACAAUAUCCAUUACGAUUAUCCCUCCGUUGGGCAGCUGGCUCAGAAAUUAUCAGAGAAUAAUAUUCAGCCGAUAUUUGCCGUAACAAAAAGUGUGGUGAACAUCUAUCGGGAACUCAGCCAACUCAUUCCCAAGUCAGCUGUCGGGGAGCUCUCUGGAGAUUCAAGUAAUGUUAUACAGCUCAUCACUUCGGCUUACAACAACCUGUCCUCCAAGAUCAUCUUAGAGCCAUCCAGAGUGCCAGAAGGAGUGAGUGUGUCCUUUGUGUCGCACUGCAAUAACAAGGAAAAGGAAACACAGAAAGGAGAGUGUUCAGAAGUCAAGAUUGGAACAGAGAUCCUUUUCACCGUCGCUGUGGAAGCAAAAGAGUGUCCAAAGGAUACAGAGGUGGAGUUUGAGAUCCGCUCAUUGGGCUUUCAAGAGAAGCUGAGUGUGAAGCUGAGCUUUGAAUGCCAAUGUAACUGCAAUGAUUCGACCAAAAAUGCACCGUAUUGCUCCAAUGGCAACGGCAAUUUGGAGUGCGGUGUUUGCAGUUGCCAUCAGGACCGAAUUGGCCGUUUGUGUGAUUGCCGAGCGAAGGGCGGUGACACAAUAGCUCUGGAGGCUCAGUGCCGGCCUGACAACAGCUCGCAGUUGUGCAGUGGACAAGGAGACUGCGUCUGUGGCAAAUGUGUCUGCAACGUGCGUGAAGAUCCUCAGGAGAAGGUGGACGGAAAGUACUGCCACUGCAACAACUUCAACUGUGAGCGUUAUGACAAUAAGCUCUGUGGAGGAAACGGCGAAUGCGUCUGCGGAAAGUGCCAGUGCUUCCCGGGCUUUCAUGGCAAUCGAUGUGAAUGCCCUCUGGCCACUGACGGUUGCAUGUACAACAAUCGUACGUGCAAUGGCCAGGGAGUGUGCAAAUGCAACAAAUGCCAGUGCACGAAUUCGUCGUACAGCGGCUCAACGUGUGAAGUCUGCCUCACCUGCACUGAACAAUGCGAACAGCACAAGGAGUGCGCGCAGUGCUUGGGAUUCAAAGAUGGAAUGAAGAAAGAUUCGUGCGACAUCUUGUGCCCGCAUACCCAUACCAUGGUGCCGAACUUUGAGGUCCAUGACAAGCAGUGCGUGGUUAAAGUCAACGCUGAAUGUAAUAUGGUGUACCGCUACAGCGACGCCUCCCAGGGGAAAUUACAUUUCACCAUUAAAGAUAAACUCGAGUGCCGGGUACCUCCGAAUGUGGCUGCCAUUGUGGGGGGCAGCGUGGGUGGAAUCCUCAUCAUUGGCAUCGUCCUCCUGCUCCUGUGGAAGUCUUACAUCACCUGGAAGGACAAAAAAGAUUUUGCAAGGUUUGAGAAGGAACGCCAUAACGCCAAAUGGAACGAUGGUGUCAAUCCCAUCUACAAGAGUGCCACUACGACAGUGGUCAAUCCCAGGUUUGCCAAGAACUGAUGGAGGGGUGCUGCGUGCAUCUGUGCCACAGUCAACUUUGUUCCACCAUGUGCAGAAUUGUUCCUCAGCAUCUUAUUGCACGGAACUCGUCUUUUUUGUAACGCAAUCUUCAAAAAAAUGUUCUGUGAACUGUGAUACAUUUUUAUAUUUGCUUGUAAUUGAUUUAAGGAUAUGUUUCAUUGCUUCCGAAAAAACUUUGCUUUUCAAUACAGUGUUAUGUUUUAGCUUGAUUAAUUGAUUGUAAUCGAUUUGCUGAGACUGUAAGAAUUAAUAACAAUAAUAUUAACCAGGUAAGACACUCAAGAGAAUGUAUAUAUGCCACCAAUGCUGUCAUUAACUUUAAGCGAUCAACAUACAUUUUGGAGAAACAGUGGGACUCUAGAAAUCUGCACUGCAUAAAUUAUGCGAAUCCUUUAAUUCGCAGUGCCCCCUAUAUUAUAUGAAUGUUCAUAGGCUUUUUUUAGUUUUUAGCUGAAUGGCUUCCUACCUCAGAACCCUGUCCAAAAGGAAGUAUAUCACCAGUCAAUCAAAAAUGUUGUAGGAAGUGGGGGAGAAUUUCAAUUUAGGAAUAUGAUCUGGACCUUUUACUAUAUCUGGGAAUGUCCUACUCAGAAGUAUUUCUGUGAAGACUUGACCAUCUCAUGAUAAUAAUUAUAAUAACAAUGAAAAAUAAUUUUAAAAAAAUAACAAUAAAAAUGCUACUCCCUAUUACGAACUCGUCCAUGAACAAAAGUUGUAAGAGAAAUCUGAACAACGCAAGUGCACUCAAGGAGUUUUGUGUUGGCUCUUCACGGAAAUAAAUUCAUUUUGAAGUUGUGAUAAGGAAGCAUGCAGGGAUACGUAAAGCAGUUCUGAGAACUUGUGGUAAUUGCGGAACAACGUUCUUCUCUCUAUGAAACGUUUUAUAAUAGAUUACUGUGCCACUUUACCCGGUGCUCUUAUGCAAAUGUAGAAAUCAUGGAGAAUGUUUUGAUAUGUAAUGCACAUGAAUAUAGCAUGGAUGUAUUUUGGCGAAAGCCCGGACCAUUUUUACAUUUGUAUUUUCAUUGCUUGACUUGAAUUUUAACAUUUGCUAUGUGCGAAUACAGUACAUAUUUUGAUGUAUGUUACACAUGUUAGUAUUCAGAUGUAUUGCUUUUAAUGUUUCUACUUUUGCAUUGGAUAAUUUGCUGAAAUAAAGUUGUA